GUCGUAGUAACAAACACACCACGCACACUAUGGAAAUCUUACCUACAUUAUUUAGUUUACUAUUAGGAUGUUUGGCAAGCACCAGCUAUGAUAAACGUCAAGUUGCUGCGCGAGCGUUAGGAGAUUUGGUGAGAAAAUUGGGAGAGAGAGUACUUCCCGAAAUAAUACCAAUAUUAGAGAAGGGACUUAAAUCGGAACAUCCAGAUCAAAGUCAAGGAGUUUGCAUUGACCUAUCGGAAAUAAUGACCUCAACUUCUAAAAAAAUGGCAUUGUCGUUCGUUAACAGUCUAGUUCCAACAUUAAGAAAAGCUUUAUCGGAUCCUUUACCUGAGGUGAGAGGAGCCGCGGCAAAAACUUUUGAAUCUUUACAUUCAACUGUUGGCUCACGUGCUUUAGACGAUAUUUUACCUUCAAUGCUUGAGGGGUUGAAUGACCCUGAUCCAACUGUUGCAGAAUAUACAUUAGAUGGCCUUCGCCAAGUGAUGACAAUUAAAUCUCGAGUGGUAUUGCCAUAUCUUGUUCCCCAAUUAACAUCAACUCCAGUAAAUACAAAAGCCCUUUCCAUAUUAGUUUCGGUGGCAGGGGAUGCAUUAACAAAGUACCUUCCAAAAAUUCUGGAUGCUUUGCUACAUGCACUUUCCGAUGCACAAGGAACUGCCUAUGAGUACCAAGAAUUAGAUUAUUGUCAAGCAGUAAUACUGUCAGUUACAGACGAAAUCGGUGUUCGGACAAUUGUCGACACUCUAAUGAUGUCAGCAAAAUCUGAUUGCAUAAAUAUAAGAAAGUCGGCGUCAAGUUUACUUUGUGUAUUCUGUACACACUCUCCAGGUGAUUAUUCCCAAUAUGUUCCACAAUUGUUACGCAGUUUAUUACGCCUAAUGGCUGAUUCCAAUCGCGACAUUUUACAAAAUUCAUGGGAUGCGUUAAACUCAGUUGUGAAAACUUUAGAUUCAACCCAACAAAUUGCUCUAGUGUGUGACGUUAGACAAGCCGUUCGGUUUGCUUCGAGCGAAAUUAAAGGUUCCGAGCUGCCGGGCUUUUGCCUUCCGACAGGAAUUACGCCUCUACUUCCCGUCUUUCGGGAAGCAAUUUUGAAUGGAAUGCCAGAUGUUAAAGAAAAUGCAGCCGAAGGGUUAGGUGAAAUUAUUUCUCUAACCAGUGCUCAGUCUUUACAGCCAUCUGUUGUUCAAAUAACUGGACCGUUAAUUCGAAUUCUAGGAGAUCGUUUUAAUGCAGGUGUCAAGGCAGCUGUACUGGAAACAUUAGCUAUUUUAUUGAAAAAAGUUGGAGUCAUGUUGAAACAAUUUUUACCGCAGUUACAAACAACAUUUCUGAAGGCUUUACACGACUCGAACAGAAGUGUUCGCAUGAAAGCUGGGCAAGCAAUAUCUGAGUUGGUUAUCAUACAUUCACGGCCUGAUUCAAUAUUUAAUGAAAUUCACAAUGGGAUAAAAUCUGAUGACGACCCGUCCAUGCGAGAAACUAUGUUAGCGGCAAUACGUUUAAGUAUUAAUUUAGCUGGAGAAAAAAUGUCUGAAUGUUUAAAGCUACAAUUAAGCGCUACUCUACUAAAUAUGAUAGGACAUUCAGAAGAAAUUACUCGAUCUGCUUCUGCAGGUUGUUUAGGAGCACUUUUGAAAUAUUUAUCGAUUCAACAAGUUGAUGAUUUAUUAGAGCUUCAUAUCUUCGUUGCUGGAAAUGGUGACGUAUUAUUAAAACACGGACGAACCGCAGCCCUGUUUGUGGCAUUGAAAGAGAGUCCUGCAAUUAUUACUUCGAAAUAUGAAUCCAAGUUGAUAGAAUUUAUCACUUCUAGUAUUUCAUCAGACAAAAUAAAUAUUGCAAGCAGUGGUGCAACGAAAUAAAACAGAUUGUUGCUAAAAGCUGUAAUUACUUGGCAAAAACGUUAGCUAUUGAUAAGAUGAGCCCAGAUGUUAUUAAACAGCUCGUACCAAUGCUAGUUAACGGUACCAAAGAAAAAAAUGGUUAUGUAAAGUCUAAUUCUGAGAUAGCUUUAGUUUCAAUUUUGCAUCUCCGUGAUAACGAUACUACUUUUAGCUAUGUUUGUCAACUUUUAGAAGUUGGCGCGAGGGAUUCCUUAAAUGAAGUUGUAAACAAAGUUUUGCGUAAAGUUGCUGUCCAAGCUAUUGGUAAAGACGAAGAAUUUGAUGACACAAUAUUGAAUUGAAGUAAAAUUAUAGAUGUAAGAAUACACCCUAUUAAAAUUGUCCGAAAUGAUUUUGUCUUAUGUACUGUAAAUGAAUAAAUUAUUUAUUUCGAAAUAAAAAAAUAAAAAUAUU